AUGUCUCAAUUUAAUAGUAGUUUUACUGCUCUGUUAAAUGAUGGUAAGGUUGCUCAAAGUACUCAAUUAUCUGUUAAUGGAGGAAUUGAAUGUCCUUUAUCUGGGUUUCAAAUUUUAAAUUCACCUUUAUUUAAUAAAGGUACCGCAUUCACUCAAGAAGAACGUGAACAAUUUAAAUUAGAUGGUUUAUUGCCACCACAAAUCAAUUCUCUUGAUGAACAAUUAGAAAGAACUUAUAAACAAUUAUGUUUCUUAAGAACUUCAAUUACUAAAAAUGAUUUUAUGACUAAUUUACGUGUUACAAAUAAAACAUUAUAUUUUGCAAUCAUUAAAAAAUAUAUUUUAGAAUUAGUACCAAUUAUUUAUACUCCAACCGAAGGUGAUGCUAUUGCUUCUUAUAGUGAUAGAUUUAAAAAAACUGAAGGUGUAUUUUUAGAUAUCACAGAACCUGAAUCUGUUGAAGAACGUUUAUUGGCAUUUGGUGGUUCAAAAGAUAUUGAUUAUAUUGUUGUAUCUGAUUCUGAAGGGAUUCUGGGAAUUGGUGAUCAAGGUGUUGGUGGUGUUCGUAUUUCAAUUUCAAAAUUAGCCUUAAUGACAAUUUGUGGUGGUAUCCAUCCUGGUCGUGUAUUACCAGUUUGUCUUGAUGUUGGUACAAAUAAUAAAAAAUUAGCAAGAGAUGAAUUAUAUUUAGGUAAUAGAUUUUCAAGAGUUAGAGGUAAACAAUAUGAUCAUUUUAUUAAAAAUUUUAUGGAUUCCGUUAAAAAAAUUUAUCCAAAUGCAAUUCUACAUUUUGAAGAUUUCGGUGUUGCAAAUGCAAGAAGAAUUCUUGAAGAAUAUCGUACUGAAGUCCCAUGUUUCAAUGAUGAUAUUCAAGGUACAGGUGCCGUCGUAAUGGCUUCUUUAUUAGCUGCAUUGAAACAUACUCAUAGAUCUUUACAAGAAUGUAAAGUUUUAGUUUAUGGUGCAGGUUCAGCUGGGUUAGGUAUUGCUGAUCAAAUUGUUAAUCAUAUGGUAACACACGGUAUGACAAUUGAAGAAGCUCGCGGUCAAAUCUAUUUAAUGGAUAUUAGAGGUUUAAUUGUUGAAUCCCUAAAGGAAACAUCGACCGAACAACAACAUGUUUUUGCUAAACCUGAUUCUGAUUGGAACUCAAUAAAUAAAAAAUCAUUAUUCGAAGUUGUAUCAAAUGUAAAACCAACUUGUCUUGUAGGUUGUUCAACUGUUGCAGGUGCAUUUAAUAAACAAGUCGUCCAAGAAAUGCAUAAAUAUAAUAAGAGACCAAUCAUCUUCCCAUUAUCUAACCCAACAAGACUUCAUGAAGCUGUACCAGAAGAUUUAAUGGCAUGGACCAACAAUGAAGCACUUGUUGCCACAGGGUCUCCAUUCCCACCAGUAAAUGGUUAUAGAAUUUCUCAAAAUAACAAUUGUUACUCAUUCCCUGGGAUCGGUCUUGGUGCAGUAUUAGCUCAUGCAAGUACAAUUAGUGAUAGAAUGAUUAGUGCUGCUGUUGACGAAUUAGCAGGAUUAAGUGAACUAAAAGAAGGUGAUUCCACUCCUGGUCUAUUACCUGGGUUAGAAGUUAUUAACAAUACAAGUGCAAGAAUUGCUACAGCGGUAAUUUUACAAGCUAUUGAGGAAGGUGUUGCCAGAAUUGAAGAAGAAGAAGAUUCUGAACAUCCUGGUCAAUUAGUUCAAGUUCCACGUGAUUUUGAUGGGUGUAUGGAAUGGGUUCAAAAACAAAUGUGGCAACCUGUCUAUAGACCAUUAACUAAAGUUAAAUUCGAUCAAAGCAUACAUACCUAUCAAUUAUAA